UUUGACCGCAACGGUUUGCUAUCCUCCCAUCCUAAUCCACUUGGCGGCACAGUGAUUAUUUUGUUUGCUUAAUGCCGCCGUUGUCAACUACGCCCGACAAGUGUCCCCAGUGAUAAGUGAAGAAGCCCUGUGUACUAUUUGCAUUGUGUCCAAAUAUCAUUUGUAGCAGAGUGUGAGACUUGAAUUGUUUGCUGUUGAGUACUGAAAAUUUAUUCAAUAGACCCACAGGAUAGCCCACGAAAAGCGCAAAAUGCAGACGGAAGUGGUUUUUGCCAUAGCACUUUUUCUGCUUGGUGAGCUACAAAGUGCAGACGCUUCGAGCUGGAGCUAUCCCAAUCGUGAAUUAGAUGAAGCAUUUCCGAGCUGGGGCGGUAUCUGUGAUACUGGUACCCGCCAGAGUCCAAUCGAUCUAAGCGUAUCCAUGUCAUUGAGAGGAGUAUUUGAUGAACUCGAAUUCGACAGCUUUAAUGACAAGCAAAAUGGUGUAACUAUCGUCAAUAAUGGCCAUACCAUUCAACUUGGCAACUUUUCCAAGGAGAUGGAACUAGAAGGUGGUCCACUGCUGGACGAAUUUAUCGUCGAGCAAAUCCACUUGCACUGGUGGUCUGAGCACACCAUCAACAACGUGCGCUACCCACUUGAGGCGCACAUUGUGACUCGAAAUAAGCGUUACACGAAUAUGACACAGGCGUCAAGCUUAAAAGACGGCAUAACCGUCAUUGCCGUACUCUAUCAUGUGUCGAAUGAGCGCAACAAAGCCAUCGAUCAAAUUAUUGAUUAUGUGGAAGACAUCAAAAGUUUCGAUAAAAUCAAUCAGCCGGUGCGCAUGAAGCAGCCAUUCGUAGUGCGACAACUCUUUCCCAAACUCAAUGGUUAUAUGACCUACGGCGGUUCACUGACCACACCGUCGUGCGCGGAGGCGGUUACUUGGAUUGUGUUGAGCGAAACAUUUCCAGUGACUUUAGAGCAGGUUGACAACUUCAAGGAGAUUCAAUAUGAGGAGAAGACAGCGCUGAAGAACAACUAUCGCGACAUACAAAAAAUCAACCACCGUCCAGUGAUUUUGGUGCUACCUGAGAAAGAUUACUCCACUGAUGAGGCGAAUUCUUUACACGUUUCAAUGGGCGCAAUUUUGUUUUUGUUGAUUGCCGCUAAAUUGUUUUAAUGUAAAUGUAUGUGCAUACGAGAAUGUUGUAUGUAUGUGCAUGCAAUCGGAGCUAUGUAAAUUUGGCUAUGCUUCGCCAUAACUUUAACGAUGUGACAGUUAACCAAAUAUUAUUUUAAGUUUUUAUUUCAUACGAACUCAUUCAACUCUUGGAAAAUCCAAACUGUGUCAUAAGCAUUUUCGUUUGUUUUUCUUUUCAAUAUUUAUACAUAUGCACAUAUCUAUGUAUGUAUGUAUGUAAGUUUGUAAGUACGAUAAUUAAAUUUAAGUAUUCGGGUUGGUGCUGUAAUCCACUGUCGAGUGAAUUCCAUUGAAAUUCUCUGGCAAUCGCAUUGAAGUGCGGCAGUGAAUUGCAAAACCUGCCGGUUGAUUAGGUACAAGGUGGCACAAAAUUAAUCACCCUAUCGGAAAAUUUUAAAUUUAUGCAAAUGGCGCCGAACAUGAAUCAUAUUUGACACUUAUGAAAUAACUGUGGCAUACAAACAAACAAGCCAUGAAACGUGUAAAGGUCGAAAACUAAAGACUCCCAUUACUCAAAAUAUUUUUUUUUUAUUUU